UGUAACAUGUAUAGUAUAACCACAUUGGCUUCCUACAGAAAUUGUGUUUACUGUACAACUUAUUUGUUUUCGAUAAAUAGGGAGUAGAAAAUGAGACGCUUGUUGGCUAAGAAACUUGCCAUUGCGACCGUUUUACGAUUGUUGAGCGAAGGCGGAAGUGAUUUACAUGGACACAUCUUGCAUUUAGCCGAAUGAAGCUGUCUGUUGACUUUCUGCUAGCUUGUAAAGAAUAACCCAGUGCACAGAAUAGGUUUUGCAUUACGUAAGACAUAUUUGGGGGCUAACUUUUUUAUGCAGAUUAUAUCAGUCCUAAUAUUUCAAAGAAGUAGAACACAAAGGGAGCCGACUUUUACAAAGAUCAGGUACUAGUUCGCAGGCUAACGUUACUUUUCAAGGAUGCAGGUGCAGAGAGUCGUUCUGUACUCACGGCCAGGUAAAAACGGGACGCCAGUGCCUGGUAACUUCCGGCUGGAGGAUACAACUUUAUCAAGUGACCUGGAGGAUGGGGACGUUCUUGUUCGGACGCUGUACCUGUCAGUGGACCCAUACAUGCGUUGCAGAAUGAAUGAAGACACGGGUGCUGAAUAUUUGACUCCGUGGCAGCUUUCUGAGUGUGUGGAUGGUGGGGGUGUUGGCGUGGUCGAGUCCAGCCGCUGUGCAAGUUGCACAAAGGGAGAUGUGGUCACAAACUUUAACUGGCCUUGGAAGACCUAUGCGGUUAUGAAAGGAAGUGUUUUACAGAAGGUUGAUCCACAGUUGGUUGACGGGCAGUUGUCCUACUUUUUGGGUGUUAUCGGCAUAACAGGCCUCACUGCACUGCUGGGUGUAAGGGAGAAGGGUAAUAUCAUUAAAGGAGGCAAUCAGACCAUGGUUGUGAGUGGAGCAGCUGGUGCCUGUGGCUCCAUCGCUGGACAGAUUGGCAGACUGGACGGUUGUGUAAGAGUGGUUGGUAUUUGUGGUUCUGAUGAGAAGUGCAGGGCUUUAGUGGAAGACUUGGGCUUUAAUGCAGCCAUCAACUACCGUACAGAGGACAUCCCUGCGAGGCUCAAAGAAAGCUGCCCUCAUGGGGUAGAUGUUUACUUUGACAACGUGGGUGGGAACAUCAGCGACACUGUAAUCACACAGAUGAACACCGGAGGCCAUGUGAUCCUGUGUGGGCAGAUCUCACAGUACAACAAGGAUGUGCCUUAUCCUCCUCCCUUGAGUGAAGACAUCCAGGAAACCCUGCGAAGCAAGAACAUAACCCGGGAGCGAUUUAUUGUGCUGAACUACAUGAACAAAGCAGAUGCUGCCCUCUAUGAGCUCAGUCAGUGGGUUAAAUCCGGCCAAAUCAAGGUGCUAGAGACUGUGACUGAUGGCAUUGGAAGUAUGGGAAAUGCCUUUUGCUCCAUGAUGACAGGAGGAAACAUCGGAAAGCAAAUCAUAAAGAUAUCAGACUGAAGAAAAUCACCGUAGCCUCCAGUAAACACUGCUCUCAUAAACCACCAUGGGAAGUUUUCCUAUAGUUGCCUUCCUAACACUAAAAUCAACAAUAAUUUAAUGAACUUUGGUAAAAUGUUGCAAUGAUUAGCUGAUGUCAGCUGGUUUCUGUUGUGGGAAUUGUUCUUGGACAUGGUGCUUUUUUAAAAAUGAUUAUAAUGAAAAGUUGAGUGCUUGGUUAAUAAGUCAAUAGAGUGGUGCAUUGAAAUUCUGUCUCAUGAUAUUAAUCAGGAUAUUAGGCUACAAACUCUGAAGCAACAUUGUAGCCAAAAAAAAAGGAACAAAACCAAAUCAGAUAAAAACUAUGCAAUCACUGUCCUGUCUUGUACAGAGUUCACAAACUGCCAAAAGGCUGCAGCUUUGGGGACGACUGUGGCCUAUUGUAACAUCUAAAAUUAAAAUGAAAUGUGGGCCACAUUUUAACUUGGAGUGUGAGCUUGACUAUGUUGUACCUCUUAGGGGUUCGGAGUGUUUCUGUAGAAAUUAAUGCCCAUUCAUUCUGUAGAGCAUUUAUGAGGUCAGGCACUGAUGUUGUAUGAGAAGGCCUGGCUCGUAAUCUCCGUUCCAGUUCAUCCCAAAGGUGCUCAAUGGCGUUGAGGUCAAGAUUCUUUCACUAACCGUCUUUUUGCAAAGAUGGCAUCCAUCAGUACCACACUUGAAGUCACUGAGCUCUUCAGAAUGACCCAUCUUGUAUUACAAAUGUUUGUGGAGACUGCAUGGCUAGGUGCUUGAUUUUAUACACCUGUUGCAAUGGGUUUGAUUGAAACACCUGAAUUCUUCAAGCAUAUUAAUACACUAAAGAUGAGGUAUAUCCAAGUGGCCCAGUCAUCCUAGUUUUUGUUUGUUUGUUUUUUUGUUUGUUUGUUUUUUGUUUUUUGUGGCCCUCAGUGUAAAAAGUUUGGACUUGAAAUUUUUUCAAUAUAAUGUACAACUGAGCCAGCAUUGUUUUUUGGCCCAACCUUACCUGAAACAUGCCCAAUUACACAGAGAAACUGUACCCAUCUGCUAUGCUGUAUAUCCUAGCUUCUCCAAGGGUAUCCUGUUUGAAGCUUGAGCACAGAAAUUUAUGGCUAAGGCUCAUGUAUCUACUAUUGCCAAGUAUCUUAUACAACCCGACUUCAAAAAUACUGAAAUAUACUUUUAAGUUCAGGUUACAUACAGAAAAUCAAACAUCAAAUGUAAUACCCAUAAGGACCUUUUUCAAGGACCUUACAAUAUACAAAGACCCUACUGCAUGUUCAGUUUCCAUCCAGAUAAAUUGGUGAUAGUUAUCAUGUUUAAGAUAAAAAUGUGACAACAUAGUCAAAAAAUGCAGAUGGUACUUGCUAUGGUGGUAGCUUUCUUUGACAUGCUAGCAGUGCUAAUAUUAAUAGAUUUUGUCCUAGUAUUGCACUAGGCAAAAGCUUCACUGUAAAACUUCUUCUUAUCUGCAAAAUGUUAUCAAGUAUCAGGCCCAACACCUUCUCCUCCAACCACUUCACAGAAAACUUAGUCAUCAGAAUCUCAAUUCAGAUUAAAACUGAACGUUAAAACAAAAGCAGGAAACCCACCCUACCACCUCUUAACAAAAAUGAAAAUUAAAAACAGCCAUAAAAUGUAAGGUUAUUAUGGUUUUGCAUUCAAGACUUUAUAAAAGCCUUAAUAAUUACUGAAUUGAUUUAUCAACUUUUAAUACGUUAAGACCAUGCAGACUUCCUUAAGUUCAACAUUUCUAUGUAGCAAUAGCCCAGUGAAUUUUUUCCAGUUUUAAGUUUAGCCACAAUGAUCUAAAUCAAGGGUCAUGAACUAUAUUUACACAAGGGCCAGCUCUUUCCUUGACUUUGGGGACUGAACUUUCAAAUAAACUAACAUUUAUUUAGUAUAUUUUCUUUCAGUUGUAUGUAAUCUUUGGCUUCAACAGUAAGAGUCAGGCUCUAUACUACAGCCGGCCACAAGGGGGCAAUAGAGACAUCUUAACUGAAUAUUUCUGUGGCUGUCAUGAUGUCCAUCAAUGGGUUUGACACCAUUAUGAUGUGCAAUGAUGAGCCCAGGAGGAAAAUCGACUCCCUAGAUGCCUGAAGCUAAAAAUGGACUGUUAAAUACAUGCUGAACGUGCAUUAUAUUUGCUAGUAACGGCUGAUUAAUGAAGUUCUGAAAAAUGAGUGAAACAUGAAAUCAUUCCAGGGGAAACUGGUUCAAUAUCAAUUGUUUAUAGAGUUGUUUUAAUAGCUGCAGGGAGUACAUUUUCUUUCCUCUGCACAUUUUUUGAUUUAACAAUGUUCUGGGGACCAGAUCAGAAGAUGUUGGAGCCUGAUGUGGCCCCAAUUGAUGAUUUCUGAUCUAAGUGGUGCAUCAGUAUUAAAUGUUUCCCAUGCAUAGGCUGAUUUUGUUUGAAGGAUUUGUCACUUUGUUGUCUACCUCUCUACUGCAUCACACUCUUUAACAUUAUUGUAAAGAAAAACAACAUUUCUGAUUUACUGUAAUGAACAUUUUAUUCCACGGCACUAUAAACCAUUAAUAAAAUAAAAUAGUGGUUGGCUCUGAUUUCAGUUGUCACGAGAAAAUAUGUGGCAGGUGUAAUUUCAUUUUCAAUUCAUUCAUAUACUUAAGUGAUUAAACAUAGGAAGGGAUUCAGAAGAAAACAAGUGAACACCAGUUUACAGCUACCAGUGUUUUUUACUCUGUGGUGGCCAUGAUGAUUGGGUGGAUGUCUGGGUUUAUGAGCAGCCAAUCAGUGUACAGUACAGAACAAUCACAACCAGAAUAAUGGUUAAACAUAAUCAGUGAUCGUCAAUAAACUAUCAAACAGUCUCCCUAUGACAAACUUUUGGUGCUGUUCUGCAAAAUAAAAGAAACAGUCCCAUGCAUAAUUUGGAGGUGUAAAUAUAAUGCUGUCAUUGCUUACUCCCCAUAAAGGGAAUCAAUACUGCCUCUUUGUGGACAAAGCUUGUAAGAACAUCACUAUUAAAGAGAAACUUCAAUGUCCGUCUUUAUGAUGGAAUUAUACAUUUGGUUAUGCUUUCAUAGAAAAAAGGUGCACAUAAUUUAAUUUUCACAGCUGCUCUUAUAUUAAACUGUGAAUCUUAUCUCAGUGCGGGGCAAUUAUUCUACACUCACGCUGGGUAUAGUUCUGGAAAAAACAGUGCUUCUAUUAAAAGACUUGAUAACUGUGGUCUCCUUUUUUGAUGAAUUAGAUCUGUGUUCUUGUGAAAUCCAGCACCUGCUACACACUAGAAGAGAUUGAAUUCUGAGUCCUUUAACAGACGGUUUACCUGCUGUCACACCUUCACAGAAAUGUCGGAAUCAUCAUUCUUGGACAUUUUUCUUCACACACAUAACUGGGAAUGCUCUAGUAUCUUUACCAUGUCACCGCGAGGCAGGCAUUUCCAGUGCAGGUA